AUGGACUCCGGAUCGGAUUCGGACGAUGCUAGGAUCAACGUCAGUGGGAGACGGCAGAGAAGAGAGCCGCAAGGCGAGAUGCCUCCACCGGAAACUGUCCCAGAUUCCACUGACGCUAAUGGGUACAAUUUGAGGUCAAGAAAUAAGAAGCAUAGGAGGCUUGACAGGGAUCGUAUGAAGGAUGCACGGAAUAAUAGGAGGAAGAGGAAGGCAGCUAACAAGGACCUGCUAGGUGCCAGUGGUGGGUAUGCAUGGGAGGACGAAAUCAAGAGAAGUUGGGAUUUGGUAACCGUGGACGAUGAGGGCGACAUGACGUCCUUAGUUGCCAGUCUUGUUGAGGCCAGAAAGAAGCGGGCAGCUAAACGGGAUGUGACACCGUAUCAACGUGGUAUUAUUAGAACUCUGAUCCUGACAUUGGAUUGCAGUGAAAGUAUGACCGAGAAGGAUCUGAGACCUAAUAGACAUGCGAUGAUGAUUCAAUACGCAAUUGAUUUUGUUCAUGAGUUCUUUGACGAGAACCCAAUCUCGCAAAUUGGUAUAGUGAUAAUGCGGAACGGGUUGGCGCAUUUAGUAAGCUCUGUUAGUGGGAACCCUCAGGAUCACCUUGACGCAUUGAAGCACAUGAGGAAACAGGAACCCAAGGGGAACCCUUCCUUGCAAAACGCUCUAGAGUUGGCUAGAGGACUGCUUUUACCGGUCCCAUCACAUUCAACAAGAGAAGUUUUGAUCAUUUUUGGCUCAUUGUCCAGUACCGAUCCAGGUGAUAUCCACCAGACUAUAGCUUCCCUUGUAGAUGAGAAAAUUAGGGUGAAGGUCAUUGGUCUUUCAGCACAAGUCGCGGUUUGUAAAGAGCUUUGCAAACUGACAAAUUUUGGAGACGAUUCCUUUUACAAGAUCCUGCUGGAUGAGACCCAUUUUAAAGAUCUGUUUGACGAGGCGGUCACACCACUACCUGUAAACAAAAUAAAUAAAGGUUUCACACUGGUAAAGAUGGGAUUCCCGACUAGGGUUUUCGAAAGUGUACCGACCUUCUGUUCCUGCCAUUCGAAACUGAUAUACGGUGGGUAUUUCUGUCCCAAUUGUCACAAUAAAGUCUGCUCAUUGCCUACGGUAUGCCCCUGUUGUGAUCUGACGUUGAUCUUGUCCACACAUUUGGCAAGAUCGUAUCAUCACCUAAUGCCGUUGAAAACAUUUAACGAGGUGGACGCCAAGGAGACAUUCCCAACAGAAAAUUGUUUUGCGUGUCAGAGAAGAUUCCCUAUUCUAAAAAAUCAUAAGAGCGAUCAACUUCUGACAAGUUCUCGUUACAGAUGUGAUGAUUGUAGACAGGAUUUUUGCAUAGAUUGUGAUGUUUUCAUUCACGAGGUAUUACAUAACUGUCCGGGCUGCGAAUCUAAACCAACCAUAUGA